AUGUUAGAUUUGGCGAACGAUAAAUAUGGCGGAAAUCCUGUCUCAGGAGAUACUGGUGCUUUAUAUCUCAAGAAACUAAUACAGAGAUUUGAUUUAGUUGACGUUUGGCGUAAACUAAAUCCAACUGAUCGUCAAUUUACGUGGCAAACUAAACGUGGUAACAUUAAAUGUCGUUUGGACAGAUUUUAUUUUUCUUCAUCGCUUGUAAGGGAUUAUGACAUCGAAACAGACAUAAUGAUCUAUCCCUAUUCGGAUCAUGAUCUUGUUCGGGUAUUGUUAACAGUUGACAAAGCUACUAGUAAUGUUGGUCCCGGUGUGUGGAAGCUAAAUGUCUCAUUAUUACAAGUGCAAGAAGUUCGUGAGCAAAUUGCUUCAUUUUGGGAACAUUGGAAAGACAGGAAAAAUGAUUUUGGUAAUGUAGCAGAAUGGUGGGAUUAUGGCAAGUUACGAGUUAAAUCUCUUUUUCUCAAAUAUAGUCACAAAGCAUCUCGAAAGCGCAAGCAAGAACGUGCGACCGUACUUAAUCGCUAUCGUCGUAUUGUGUGUAAAACCAAUUUAUCGGAGGACGAAGUUAAGGAACUCGACUUAGUGAAGUCCCAAUUGGAAACUAUGGAUUUAAAACGUAUUCAAGGAAACAAGAUUCGAAGUGGAGCAAAAUGGCUUGAAUCAAACGAACAGCCAUCACGCUUUUUCUUCCAAAAGGAGAAAAGAAGAGCGGUUAAGAAAACGUGUCCUGCUCUGCGCACGAGUGAUGGGCGGAGAUUGACUGAGCAAGAUGAUAUCUCAAAGGAACAAGUUAGUUUUUAUAAAGAACUUUAUUCAGAAAUGCCGACAGAUAAAGUUGCCCAAGAUCGGUUACUCAAUUUACUGGACAGAAAACUAACAAAUGAGCAACGCGAUUCAUGCGAGGGACAGUUAACGGUGGAUGAAUGUUUGGUAGCAGUAAAGUCUAUGGCAAAUGGCAAAACCCCUGGUUCCGACGGUCUACCGAAAGAAUUUUAUUUGUCCUUUUGGGACCUGCUUAAAGAAGACUUUGUUGAAAUGGCAAAUUAUUGUUUUUCAGUUGAACUGAUGCCUGAGUCUAUGCGCCAAGCAUUAAUAUCACUGUUGUUUAAGAAAGAAGAUCCUGAAUUAUUGAAAAACUGGCGCCCAAUUUCGCUCCUCAAUACAGAUUACAAGAUUAUUACAAAAGUUCUGGUAAAUCGUGUUAAACCUGUUAUGCCCAUAAUAAUACACCCGGAUCAAUGCUGUUCUGUCCCUGGUCGUUCGAGUGAAGACAAUGCGACUCUCCUACGAGACGUAUGUGACUAUCUGGAAGUUAAUGAAAGAAUGGCCUGUGCCUUUAUAUCGAUAGAUCAAGAAAAAGCGUUUGAUUAUGUUGACUGGGGCUUUUUAGACAGAAUUUUAGAUACCAUGAACUUUGGUCCACAAUUUCGAUCAUACAUUAAAUGUAUUUAUCAUGAUAUUCAGAGUGCUAUAAUCUCCAAUGGUUAUGUUUCAGAAUUUUUUCAAGUGCAACGAGGUGUACGACAAGGGUGCCCGCUAUCUCCAUUGUUGUUUGUCAUAGUGGCGGAAGUGUUUGGACAAGCGAUUCGGAAGUGCCCAGAAAUACAGGGAUUGCGUGUGCCCGGAGGGAAGGAAGUGAAAAUAUCACAAUAUGCUGAUGAUAACACCUGCAUUGUUACCAAUUCAUAUGGCCUUGUUAAAGUCAUCGAUGUCUUUAAUGAAUAUGGUCGAGCAUCCGGAGCGAGGCUUAAUACAACGAAAUCAAAGGGUCUUUGGCUCGGUAGGUGGCGAUCUCGUACUGAUUCACCCUGUGGUCUAACGCGGGUUAACACAAGCUUAAAAAUUGUUGGUAUGCAAAUAUCCAGUCAUGGGCAGAGGUUACGGCCAAAUUCAAGGGAAUAUUGA